UAUACCGGGGCGGGGCCUACAAGACUCGGUAGGCACGGGGGUAGGCCCAACAGCGGUGACCCUCAAGGUCCCACAUUUGGAGACCCUGCGACCGUGAGAGCUCGCCUCAGGUUUUCAGCUCUGCUAACGUGACGGGAUGACGGGGACGCGCUACGUAGUGUCGGCUCCGCCUCUACUGAGACUGUUGGCUAGGAGUUGACUUACGGGCUCUGACCAAAGACAGUGCGACAGAGUGAAGAGAAGUUAAGACGUGCACUGCGUCCAGAAUUCAAUCGUGGGCGACAACUCCCCAAAUUGGGAGGAUGCUGGUGGUGGAGGUUGCUAAUGGCCGCUCGCUGGUGUGGGGAGCUGAGGCCGUGCAGGCGCUGCGGGAGCGCCUGGGAGUCGGGGGCCGCACGGUGGGCGCCCUGCCCCGCGGGCCCCGCCAGAACUCGCGCCUGGGCCUCCCGCUUCUGCUGUUGCCGGAGGAAGCCCGGCUCCUGGCCGAGAUAGGCGCCGUGACGCUCGUCAGCGCCCCGCGUCCGGAUCCCCGCAACCAUGGCUUGGCCCUAGCAUCGUUCAAACGCCAGCAAGAGCAGAGUUUCCAGGAGCAAAGCACUUUGGCAGCCGAGGCCCGUGAGACCCGGCGUCAGGAGCUCCUAGAGAAGAUCGUAGAGGGCCAGGCUGCCAAGAAGCAGAAGCUGGAACAGGAUUCAGGGGCGGAUGAAGGCCAAGAAGCCAGUGGAAGCGAAGCUACCCAAGGGAGUGAAACCAGUGAUGAUGGCCAGGCUUCUGCGGAGCAGGAGGGAGCAGACUCGUCAUCUCCCCCAGACUCUUCAUCUCCCCAACCAGGGCCUUCAAACGGGGUGACCCCCUUGCCCAGGUCAGCCCUGCUCAUCCAGCUGGCCACUGCCAGGCCUCGACCGGUAAAGGCUAAGCCUCUGGACUGGCGUGUGCAGUCCAAAGACUGGCCCCAUGCCGGCCGCCCUGCCCAUGAGCUGCGCUACAGCAUCUACCGAGACCUGUGGGAGAGAGGCUUCUUCCUCAGCGCAGCUGGGAAGUUUGGUGGUGACUUCCUGGUCUAUCCUGGUGACCCGCUGCGAUUCCACGCUCACUACAUUGCUCAGUGCUGGGCUGCUGAAGACCCCAUCCCACUUCAGGACCUGGUCUCUGCCGGCCGCCUGGGAACCAGCGUCAGAAAAACCCUGCUUCUCUGCUCCCCUCAGCCUGAUGGGAAGGUGGUCUACACCUCCCUACAGUGGGCUAGCCUGCAGUAAGCUGCAGACUGAGGGGGGUGUGUGGCUAUGUGUCCAAGAACCCUCCUAGAUGGUCAACUCCUCCUUCUCACUCUCCCCAUCUCCGCAUGGAGGCUUGUGUUCUCCCGCCUUGCCUGAUUGCAGAGUUUUGAACACUAAAUACUUCAGUUUUUUUUUUUUCUGUUUUAAGGCGCUUACUAGCUGUGUUGUUUUAUAUUUCUGUCUCCAAACUGUGAGCUUGUUCAGAGUUGAGACUGCUCUUAGUUGGCUUUUCUGUUUUCUAAAGGGCAGUUCUCAAUAAAUUUGUUGAAUAAAUGUU